AUGGGCAUCCAAUUGAUGGAGAAAAAGGAUAACAACUUCCCAUUGCACUACAGCAUUUAUAACGGCCUCGAUACGGUUGAGACCAUAGGAAAAUCGACGCCCGAGCAACUGGAUGCUCAAGACCAGUACGUUACCAAAGCGUUUGUGUCUUACAGGGAUCAAAUUUUGAAGGAAGGCACUUCAGAAAAGAUUUCCGACAAGCUUAUGAAUAUCUCCGAUUGCGUCCUAGACUUUCACUGGGAGUUAAAGAGCUGGGUCCCCUUUCUUUCGCGUUUUCUUCCAUCGGAUGUCUGUAAAUUGUGGAAGAAGGGGAACAAAGUCAGAAUGGACACUAGCCUAUUGGACUUCAACAACAGAAACUGGGUUCGAGGAAAAUUGAGUAUCCUGCUGGAUGGUAAUAAACCUUUUGAUCAGCGAAUAUGCAUUUUGGAUCAUGAAAAGCGGUGCUAUGAAAUUAUGGAUGGAAUCAUGGCGAAAACGGAUGACAAUUGGUUGGAACAGACCAUAGAUAUGGCUACUAGAAACGAACUAGUACACAUGAACGUUGAAACGGAGCGAAUGAACUACAAGACACAGAGCUCUAAACUCGUCUGGGAUAAGAAUCCGGUCAAAGAACGGGUGAGUUAUUUCUAA